AGGGGGGAGUCUGGGGAGGAGGGGGGAGUCUGACUGGUGCCUCUGAGCCGUCCGGUCGCAGUCCUCUCCCGCUGCAGAGCCUGACCCCUCCCGUCUCUGAUGGAGCUCCGUGAAGACUACAGGGAAACUACAACACAACUUUACGCUUGUUUCCUUUGGAUUUAAACGACGCCGAUAAGCGAUUGUAAUGUUGUCGGAUUGUUCCACAUAAGAUGGAAUCCUGUCCACAGCAGCAGUCAUAAAAACAGGCAGACAGGAUCGCUUACUGCCCAGACUGGCAGGUUCCCCCGUGGCGUCCCGUGACCUCGUGACCUCUCUGCUGCCCAUGGACCUGCGCGUGGCGGGGCGGGGCUUGCGGGGGGCCCAUGCCUCCGACACAGCGCUGCUCGCCCCCCUGCAGACGCCCCUGCUGCUGGGGGGCUUCCCCUCGCAGACCCCCUGCAGCGCCUACUCCCAGCAGCAGCUCCACCAGCACCUCCGGUUCAACAUGGAGCAGAGGAGGCGGGACCAGGAGGACAAGCAGCAGGAGCUGCAGCAGCUUAGACACAAAGACAAGAGUCAGCAGAGUGCGGUGGCCAGUAGCCUGGUGAAACAAAAACUCCAGGAAGUAAUUCUGAAGAAGCAGAAACAGGCGGCUCUGGAGAGAACAAACUCUAACCCUCUGAGCACUGUAGCCUACAGAGAGCUGGCCCCAGACCCCAGCGGACCCUCCCAGCUCCUGGUCUCCCCCCCCCUGCAGACCCCCACUGACGAGGAGCCCACCCUACGCAGAGCAGCCUCAGAGCCCAACCUGAAGGUGAAGCAUAAGCUGAAGAAGCACCUCAACACCCGGAAGAGCCCCCUGACCCGCAAGGAGAGCGCCCCCCCCACCGUCCGGCACCGCGGCCCCGACACGCUGGACUCCUCCCCCAGCAGCAGUAGCACCCCUGUGUCCGGCUGUAGCUCGCCCAACGACACGCUAACCAGCGAGAACGGACUGUUGAGCCAUGAGGCCCAGAGGCUGCUGAUCCAAGAUGGCUGCCUGGCCAGCUACACCGUCAAAAGCUCCUCCACCCUCCCCACCAUCACCCUGGGCCUGCCCGCCAACGCCAGGACGGACGGCGACCUGUUCUCCCUGACGAUAGGCCGAGGGCCGCUGGUUGCAGCCGGGGGCUCGCCUGCCUUCCUGUCCCUGGGCAGGGAGGAGCAGGCUGGGCAGCUGUCCUCCCACCUGCAGCCCCUCCUCAUCCUGGAGCCGUCCGGCCUGAUGCACACCGUCCCAGGCCUGGGCCCCAUGCCGCUGCAGUUCGGGCCCCAGCGGGACCACCUCGCCCCGGGGGCCUCCCAGCCCCAUCGGCCCCUGAUCCGGACGCGCUCGGAGCCCCUGCCCCACAGCCAGCGGGGGGCGCUGCACAACCACCUGCUGCAGCAGCACGGCUCCCAGCUGCUGGAGAGGCUGAAGCAGCACAACCUGCUGGGCAAGCUGAUGUCUAAGUCCAGUGAAAAGCCGCGGCUGCAUCAGAUCCCGUCCGAGGAGAUGGACUCAGAGGACGGGGCCUCUCCGCCAGAGCCAGCCUAUCAGAGCACAGUGAGGGCGGAGUCUCUCAGGGAGGCGGAGCCAGCGGCGACAGACAGCCAGGGGGAGAUGAACCUACAGCACGCCCUCAUACUCAACCAGUCCCUGUUGUGGGAGCAGCAGAAGCAGCUCCAGCAGCUCCGCCGGCAGACGGCUCAGAUGGAGACGCUGGCGGUACCCAUGAUCCUCGGGGGCGGGGGCGUGGGGGGGGGCAUGGCCCCCCACCGGCCGCUGUUCCGCACCCAGUCCUCCCCCGCCGCCACCUCCCUGAGCCUGGCCGACUCGCCCCUCCCCCUCGCCACGCCUGAGAUCACCACGGCGACCGGGGUCAAGCCCCGCUUCACCACCGGCCUGGUGUACGACUCCCAGAUGCUGAAGCACCAGUGCACGUGUGGAGACAACAGCAGCCACCCAGAGCAUGCUGGGAGAAUCCAGAGCAUCUGGUCCAGACUGCAGGAGAGGGGACUGAGGGGGCAGUGUGAGACCAUCCGGGGCCGUAAGGCGUCGCUGGAGGAGCUCCAGUCGGUGCACUCGGAGCGCCACGUCCUGCUGUACGGCACCAACCCCCUGAACCGCCUCAAGCUGGACAACCGCAAGUUAGCCGGAAUCCUCUCCCAACGGAUGUUUGUAAUGUUGCCAUGCGGCGGCGUUGGGGUGGACAACGACACCAUUUGGAACGAGUCGCACACUUCGACGGCCUCGCGCAUGGCGGCGGGCAGCAUCACCGAGCUGGCCUUCCGGGUGGCCAAGGGAGAGCUGAAGAACGGAUUUGCAGUGGUCAGACCACCUGGGCACCACGCAGACCCGUCCAACCCCAUGGGCUUCUGUUAUUUUAACUCGGUUGCCAUAGCAGCCAAACAGCUCCAGCAGAAGAUGAGUGCCAGUAAGGUCCUGAUUGUUGAUUGGGAUGUUCACCAUGGCAACGGGACCCAGGAAGUGUUCUACAACGACCCCAGCGUCCUCUACAUCUCUCUCCAUCGCUACGACGACGGCAACUUCUUCCCCGGCAGUGGGUCCGCGGCCGAGGUGGGCUCGGGGGCGGGGGAGGGCUUCAACGUCAACGUAGCCUGGACCGGAGGGCUGGAGCCCCCCAUGGGGGACGCAGAGUACCUGGCUGCCUUCAGGACAGUGGUGAUGCCCAUCGCCCAGGAGUUCUCCCCAGAUGUGGUUCUGGUAUCGGCCGGCUUCGACGCCGCCGACGGCCACGCCCCCCCCCUGGGCGGGUACAAGGUCUCCGCCAAAUGUUUCGGCUUCCUGACCCGUCAGCUGAUGUCUCUGGCCGGGGGCCGCGUGGUGAUGGCGCUGGAGGGGGGUCACGACCUCACGGCCAUCUGCGACGCGUCCGAGGCGUGUGUGAGCGCCCUGCUGGGGGUCCAGGAGCCCUUGUCUGAGGAGGUGCUGCUGAAGACCCCCAGCCUCAACGGAGUCCGCUCGCUGCAGAAGGUCCUGCAGGUCCAAAGUAAGUACUGGCAGAGCGUGCGGGGGUCCCAGGGGGGUCCGCUGGGUCGGUCCUUCCUCUCUGCUGAGAGUCGAGACCGCGAGGAGACGGACGCCGUCAACGCCCUCGCAUCGCUGUCCGUACACGUGCUGACCACCAAGAGGGUUCCUGACGAGCCCAUGGAGCACGACGAGGACUCCAUGUAGCGGAACCGGGCGGAACAGGAAGUCACAUGACCACGGGGAGUCACAUGACCAACGCGAGUCAACACGACCACCGCGAGUCACAUGACCACGGCGAGUCACAUGACCACCGCGAGUCACAUGACCACCGCGAGUCAACAUGACCACCGCGAGUCAACAUGACCACCGAGAGUCACAUGACCACAAGACCAGGGGCCGAGCGUUUGGCUAAAGCUAGCCAGCUCCGCCGUCCCACCUUGUUACACACACACAAACACACACACACAACGGUGAACCUCAGAUGUUUUUUUUCACCUUCAACCGAGUGGCCUUGAACACGCCUCCACCAAAGAGCCAAGACGCCUGAGUGUGUGUGUUUGCGUGCGUGUCUGAGUGUGUGUGUGUGUGUGUGUGUGUGUGUGUGUGAGAGAGAGAGAGAGAGAGCGAGAGAGUGGGAGAGAGACACUGACAUACAGUUGAACCACUAAUACAACACAGACACACAAAGAAGAACGAAAGGAAGACAAAAAAAAUGUUUUGAAGAAGGGGAGAAAACUUAAUUGAACUAAAUAGAUUUUUUUUUUAUUGCACUGUGUAUUCCAUAAUGUGAACCAUGAGACAAUUCCAAAGCUCUGAGAAGAAGGAGGACAAGUGUGUAGGGUAUUAAAUAACUCUUUGAGUUAUUAAGAGUUAAUUAACUCUUAGUAUAGCUUUGGCUGCUCAGUAAUUCCACUCAUGUACUACGGUGUCUUAUAAGGAUGUGCUGACCAAAAUACUGUGUACCUGUGUGUGUGUAGAGGUGGUUCCUAUGAAUUUAUUGUGUAGGCUUCCUUUGUCUGUUUAAACAAUGUUAUUUUUGGAUUUUUACGACUGUUGAACGACUGGUCUAAGAUGUGCACCCAUUCAAACACACACACACACCAACACAGAUACCCCCCCCACACACACACACACACACACACACACACAAUCAUUAAGGUGCCCUCACUUACACACAGUCUUGUUCUUUUUUUAUUCAAACACACUGAUACAAAGUUGUAACUGACACACAUGGAGCACUUACACACACACGUACACACACACACACACACACAGCGGCUGCACAUCUGGACUAAUGAGGACCUAAUGACAUACCACUGGUAUUGAAUAUUAUUGAUUGAAUAUUGAUUAUGUUGCGUGAUUAUUCUUGACUGUUUGUUCGACAUCGGCGUCCAUUCCGACCACGUCGACCAGCCUGCGAUGACCGACGUCUUCCUCUGACGAAGGACAACCCUCAAUGCACUAAAUGGACACCACACUCAUACACACACUGCCUUAAGAAGCCCUUCAAUAUGAGGACCCGCCACCACAGAGCCGGGCAGCCAUGGGCCAACAUGGCCACCGCUCCGACUGGGGCUGACAUGGCCGCCCUUUGGACAGGGCCCAACAUGGCCGCCGCUCCAACAGGGGCCAACAUGGCCGCCGCUCUGACAGGGGCCAACAUGGCCGCCGCUCUGACAGGGACUGUUCCAAAGACCAACCCCUUUUAAACCUGUGGAUCUUUUUGUAUGUGGACUUUGAUGUAAAAUAAGAAACUGAUUGCAUUUUGUUUUACAAACAUAUUGAAAGAAAAUGGGUCCUAUAAUGGUUGAGGUCUGUGUCUUAAUAACAUUCUGGGCGUUGAAGAACCGAGAACCCUGCUGCGGUCAUCCGAUGGUUCCGAUGGCUGGAGGGUCUGGUUUUAUCCAGGUCUUCUGCAUCCUUCACAGUGUUACCAGCGAGAGAGAGUAGUUAACUGUGCUUCUGAACAAAUGUACCUGUACAACUCCAUUGCAAUCUAGUCAUCUAGUUUUGCAUCGUAUUCGCAAACCCAAGAAUGAGGUUACACCGAUACAGUCGAUACUUUGAAACUCUGAGCAUGAUCUUCUCUAGUCAGACAAAGGAUGUUGUUCCCCCUUUGCCAAAAGCUGAAGAUCAAAAAUCAGACCCAACAGUCUGAGUCCUUUGAAUUGAAGCCUGUUAUCUUAUUGUGGAGCGUUCAGGCACUAACCAAGUGGUUCUUAGUGUUUGUGUUUUUAGUGUGCUGCAGAAGGCCUCAGACAACAAGCCGUUAGGAACCUGUUGAGGGUUAGCGGAAAGGCUAGCAGCUAAGAUCCUGUGACCUGUAGAGAGGCUAUGGCAUAGCCAUUAGCAGCAAAGAUGUAGAUUAGCUGUUAGCAGCGAAGACGUAGCUUUUAGAAGCUUAGAUUUAGCCGUUACCAGCUAAAGAUUAGCUGUUAGAAGCUAAGACAUAGCCAUUAGCAGCGAAGACGUAGCUUUUAGCAGCUAAGACGUAGCUGUUACCAGCUAAAGAUUAGCUGUUAGAAGCUAAGACAUAGCCAUUAGCCGCUAAGACGUAGCCUUUAGCAGCUAAGACAUAGCCGUUACCGCUAAGACUUAGGCGUUAGCAGCUGAGACGUAGCCAGACCUCAUAGGAACUGUUUGGGCUGGGUGAGCAGCAGUAGCUAACCCCUUACUCUUUCAUCCUUAGUAUUGCCUUAGAAGCGACAGAAAAACACAUAGCGACGCGUGUCGCGCUUUUAAUGCGCCGUGUGGGUGUAAAUGCAAUGACUGAAGUAACAUUGAAUGCUGUGUGUUGAUUUGUAUGUGAGUGUGAGUGUAUGUGAGUGCAUGUGUUGAUGUGUGUUGAUGUGAGUGUAUCCAUCUCUGGAUGUGUGUGUGUGAGCAUGUUUGUUGUUAUACCUGUGUGUCCAUGUGUGCCUGUGAGUGAGUGAGUGAGUGUGUGUUCGUCAGUGUGCGUGUGUGUGUGUGUGUGCCUGUGUGUGUGUGUGUGCCUGUGUGUGUGCCUGUGUGCGUGCGUGCGUGCGUGUGUGUGUGUGUGUGUGUGUGUGUGUUCAGCCCUGUAAAUGAACACAACCUUCUCUGUAUUAUUCGUGUGGUUCUUCUCCCAGACGCCAGUGAUCCAUCCUGGUGGAGUUCUUGUGUUCCUGACGCCCUUCAGUGUCCUCUGAACACAGAACACUGUACAUAGAACCCCCCCCCCCCCCCCCCCCCAGAAAUACACUCGAUGUCACGCAUGUAUGUGUGUGGGUGUGAGUGUGUGUCUGUGUGUGCGCACACAUUUACACAAACACACACACACACACCAACACGCAGUUUGUGUAUUGGGUUGUGCUCCACUAACUGGACUUGUGAGGAGAAAGCGUGACGCUCUAUUCUUUAUUUCAUUCCUUUUCAUUCUGAAUUGUUAUUUUUGACCUCUUUCAAUGUUUCAACCGUUCUAUGUAUAGAGAGAUUUUCUAUUUUUUACUGAUAUUUCCUCUCGUCUGAAUUAAAAUGGACAUGUUUGUUCCAGUGGGA